GGUGAACUUUAUCCCAAUCAAACAAAAUAAAAAUCAAAAUUAAAAUUAAAAAACUUGGAGCUUUGGAGGUUCGUGAUGUCUCCUUCUUCUUCUUCAGUUGGCGUGAGUUCAAAAGUAGAUGUGUUUGGCAUUGGAGAACAUGAAAUUAAGGUUGUAAAAGUAGCAGAAGAUGCAUCGACUCCAAGGCCGCUGCUCAUUUUUACACCAUCAGAAGCUGGAGAAUUCCCAGUACUGGUUUUACUCCAUGGUUUUCUUCUCUACAACUCCUUCUAUUCUCAGCUCAGCCAUCACAUCGCUUCCCAUGGCUUCAUCCUCGUUGUCCCCCAGUUAUAUUCAGUGACAGGACCAGAUGCAACUAAAGAAAUCGAGUGCGUGGUUGCAAUAAGUAACUGGCUACCAGAAGGACUUCAAAAGUUCCUUCCAUCCGGAGUACAUGCAGACCUAACAAAGCUAGGACUCGCAGGCCACAGCCGCGGAGGAAAAGUUGCUUUUGCUGUUGCCCUUAAUAAACUCCACACGAAAUUGAAUUCAAAAUUUUCCGCCUUAAUUGGAAUCGAUCCAGUGGAUGGAAUGGACAUGGGUAAACAGACUCAACCAAAAGUCCUCACUUAUGUUCCCCAUUCCUUUAAUCUUGAAAUACCGGUAAUGGUUAUUGGUUCGGGCCUAGGUGAAAUCAGAAAAAACCCAUUGUUCCCAGCUUGUGCUCCCAAAGGGGUGAACCAUGAGGACUUCUAUAACGAGUGUUGUAAACCAGCUUGUUAUUUUGUUGUGAAGGAUUAUGGACAUCUUGAUAUGCUUGAUGACGAGACUAAGGGAAUUAGAGGGAAAGUUACUCAUUGUUUGUGUAAGAAUGGGAAAUCUAGGGAACCCAUGAGGAGGUUUGUUGGAGUGGCUGUGGUUGCUUUCUUGAAAGCUUAUUUGGAAGGAGAUUGCGGUUAUCUAACGGCUAUAAAAGACGAGGCCAAUGGACUUGUGGUGCUUCAGAAAGUUGACUUUCAGCUAUGAAAGUUCUGGUCAAUUAAUAAAUACUGAAAUUUUUAAGUCUUGUAGACAUUUUGAAUUAUGCCUUUUUUUUAACUUGAUCAUUUGUUUUCUAUUAAAUUUUAUUGGAAUUUUUGCAAUCUAAUUGAUGUGAAAUAUGAAUCUUGCUC